AUGCCGCCCAGAAGAGAUACCUCGAGAAAUAAUGCAGGAGGACAACAGAUUGUGAUGGACAGGGAAACUUUCUUGGACAUGGUUAGGGAGGUAGCUAAUCAGCAAAGGCAGAAUCCUCCUGGUAAUGUGCCCAAUCAAGAAGGCCAGACUAUGUUUGACCGUUUUAUGAAGCAGCGGCCCAAUGUUUUUAAGGAAGCUAAACACCCUAUGGAUGCUGAGGCUUGGAUUGAUCACAUGGAGAAAAUAUUUCGGGUCCUAAAUUGUUCUGAGGAGGAGAAAGCUCGUUUUGGUAUCUACCGUCUUGAGGGGGAUGCUAGUACUUGGUGGAAGUCAGUGGUGGCUUCUCAUGCAGCUGGGUAUGAGGACACUCUCACCUGGAAUGUGUUCAAGACACAUUUUGAUCAGAGAUAUUUUCCUGCUAGUGUUCGGGAGGAGUAUGCUCGUGAGUACCAGAAUAUUGCUCAGAAGGAGGAUGAGUCUGUGGCAGAUUUCCAGAUUCGAUUUCAGAGGUUGGCUAAUUAUGCUCGGUCUAUUGCUGGGAACGACGCUGAUAAAAUUAUGAAGUUCAAGUGGGCUCUAAAGACUUCAAUCCGGAAUCAUAUUAUUGCCAACCGCUACACCACUAUGGACAGCUUAGUUGAUAGUGCCAGGGACCAAGAGCUUCAUCAGGCAGAUUUUCGUAAACAAAAGGACAUGCAGGGUCAGAAGAGGAAGAGAGAUGAUGAUCCGCCCAAAUUCCAGAAUAAUGGUGCAUCUUCGGGCGGAUUUAGACAGAACAAUCAGAGGUACAACACCCGCAGCUUUCAGCAGAAAAAUGGGAAUUAG